CAGAACAUCAUUGGCAGCGAGUCGCGCAAACAUAGCGCUUGCGACAGCCAGGUGGGGUCAAAGGGAGAUAAAUCGGGAGGCUGCGUACGCCACCGGGGGACGGAGCUGACAGUCGUACACGAACGAGCAUCCGCACCACACGUUCUCCAAACCCAGUUAGAGUACCCCUUUGCGAGAUGUGGGACGAUGAAGUAGUAGAAGAAGAAACCCCAGCGCCGGCAGAGGCCGCGCCGGCCGAGCCCGCCGCAGCAGCUGCCGAGACUGCCGCGGCGGCCAAGCCGGAGGAGGCCGAGCCCCCGGCGCCCGAGAACACCGUCAUGGGAACUGAACCUAAGAAACUAGUAUUUAAGCACUGGAUCAGGCCCAGAUUCCUGCAAUACAACUACCUGUACGACUACCAGCACAACUACUACAACGACGUGAUCAACUACCUGGACCGGCGGAACAAGGGGCUGCCCGUGGAGCGGCCGCGCGCGCAGACCUGGGGCGAGCGCAUGCUCCGCACCUACCUCGCCAAGGGCUCCAGCUACAGCCAAAAGUCCUCCAAAGAUUCGUCCCUCCUCCGCCACAUAUCAACGGGCGCCAGGUUCCAGCGCUACCAUAGCAAGUCCCUCAUCUCGAGGAAGUAUUCCAGACUCGGAUUUAACACCGUCUCCAUCUAGCUUCGCUCUAACACCCUCGCUUGACCUCGCUUCAGCGGACCCACUCCGGAGUGCCGGCGUGACCUUUAUGUCGAUGUUACAGGAUUACGUUGGCGUGAAGCUGCAUCAGGCCGCCGCCGCCACUCUACUAAAUUACAAUAACACUGAUCGGAAGCCGUCCGCAUUCCUAAUUUAAUAUCUGUCUUAUUUGAGUAAGACAAUAAAACUUUAAGUUAA